AUGAAAUCUUCGGCAGCUAUGCUUAUGGAUACUCUAAAAUGGGUAGAACCCAAAAUGACCCCAUUGGACGAGUCGAGAAGCAUUGACGCCGAGGAAGCAAAACUCGGCAUUCUCAUGCCAAUGUACAAAGGCCUAGAUACGGAGAAGACUGGAGAGCUUUACCGCGACUUAACUGUCUUUCCAUAUCAUUAUCCCUUGUUACGGAAUAAACAGCUUGCCCUGCGAAACAUCAAACGAACCAUGAAGAGAAGCGUAACACCCAAAAUUAGGAAGCUUAUCAUUGAAAGCGGCGCAAAUACCGCAUACGACAUAAUGAAAUUGAUCAAAGAGCAUUGCGCUCCGAGAGACCAAGAAUACCACGCGGCAUGGAAGAAGCUGUGUAUUUCAGCUGCUCCGAAAGGCAAAGACAACGUCAAGAAAUGGUUGAGGGAGUGGGAAAGCCUGUUUCAUAGAUGUCAGCAACAAAAGUUAACAUUCUUAAAUGGGGAUGUGCCACUAUUCAAUUUCCUCGAUGCGAUAAAUCGUGUCCCAGGAUUUGACACCGAAGAUAUGAGAUAUCGAAUAUUAUACAAGAAUACCGACUGGACGUUCCUAUCUCUUGUGAAUUUCUACCAAUACAAAAACGAAACAUUGGAGCCAUGGAAGCGAAAGGCAAAACGAGUGCAACGCAAGAGGCAGGGCAAACAUCGGGCACCUGCUUCUAAGUAG